CCUCCUACCAAGUGCCAGAGCCAGGCGGGCAGCGCGGAGGCUGCGGUGGCAGUGGCCGCGGAGCUGGCCCUGCGGGGCCGCGGGGGGGAGGGGGAGCCGCGAAGCCCCCGCCGAGGCCGCCACCGCCGGGCCUCCCCUCCCCCCCCCCGGACCGGCGCCAUGCGGGGGGGCCCGGGCGAUGCGGAGCGGCGGCAGCGCUGGGGUCGCCUCUUCGAGGAGCUGGAUAGUAACAAGGAUGGCCGCGUGGAUGUGCGCGAGUUGCGCCAGGGACUGGCCCGGCUGGGCGGGGGCGACCCGGACCGCGACGCCCAACAGGGUAUCUCCCCUGAGGGUGACGCUGACCCAGGUGGUGGGCUGGACCUGGAGGAGUUUUCUCGCUACCUGCAGGAGCGGGAACAGCGCCUGUUGCUUCUGUUCCACAGUCUGGACCGGAAUCAGGAUGGUCAUAUCGAUGUGUCUGAGAUCCAGCAGAGUUUCCGAGCCCUAGGCAUUUCCAUCUCGCUGGAGCAAGCAGAGAAAAUUCUGCACAGCAUGGACCGAGACGGCACGAUGACCAUUGACUGGCAGGAAUGGCGCGACCACUUCCUGUUGCAUUCACUGGAGAAUGUGGAGGAUGUGGUCUAUUUCUGGAAACAUUCUACGGUCUUGGACAUUGGUGAGUGCCUGACUGUCCCUGAUGAGUUUUCAGAGCAGGAGAAGCUGACCGGCAUGUGGUGGAAGCAGCUGGUGGCAGGUGCGGUGGCAGGUGCUGUUUCGCGGACGGGCACGGCCCCUCUGGACCGCCUCAAGGUCUUCAUGCAGGUCCACGCCUCCAAGACCAACAAGCUAAACAUCCUGGGGGGCCUAAAGAGCAUGAUCCAAGAGGGGGGCAUGCGCUCCCUGUGGCGUGGCAAUGGGAUUAACGUGCUCAAGAUUGCACCUGAGUCGGCUAUCAAGUUCAUGGCCUAUGAGCAGAUCAAGCGGGCCAUUCGGGGGCAGCAGGAGACACUGCACGUGCAGGAGCGCUUUGUGGCUGGCUCCCUGGCUGGUGCCACGGCCCAAACCAUCAUUUACCCCAUGGAGGUGCUGAAGACGCGGCUGACCCUGCGCCGGACAGGCCAGUACAAGGGACUGCUGGACUGUGCGUGGCAGAUCCUGGAGCGAGAGGGGCCCCGCGCCUUCUACCGUGGCUACCUGCCCAAUGUGCUGGGCAUCAUUCCCUAUGCGGGCAUCGACCUGGCCGUCUAUGAGACCCUGAAGAACCGGUGGCUCCAGCAGUAUAGCCAUGACUCAGCCGACCCAGGCAUUCCUGUGCUCCUGGCCUGUGGCACCGUCUCCAGCACCUGUGGCCAGAUAGCCAGCUACCCGCUGGCCCUGGUCCGGACCCGCAUGCAGGCCCAAGCCUCCAUCGAGGGCGCCCCCCAGCUCUCCAUGCUGGGUCUGCUCCGUCACAUCCUGUCCCAGGAGGGCGUGUGGGGCCUCUACCGGGGCAUUGCCCCCAACUUCAUGAAGGUUAUCCCGGCUGUGAGCAUCUCCUAUGUGGUCUACGAGAACAUGAAGCAGGCCCUGGGGGUCACGUCCAGCUUCGAGGGUCGGCCUGCACUCCACGGCUCGUGGUUCCCUCCUCCAUCUGCAAAGCCGGCAAUGGUUGGAUGAGUCUUUCUCACACUGAACCCUUUCAACACCGACUGUUCUGCUUCCCUCUUCACUGUCUGAGGACUCAAGAGGUUAGACUGGGCCCACGCAAUUCGUCCAGAAUAAUCUCUCCAUCUCCCCCUUCAGCUGGUUAGUGCUCUUAAGUCCUCUGGCAAAUUCACUUUCCCCUUUGCCGCGUAACGUAGAGAGUUCACGGGUUUAGAGGGGUUUGGAUAUGGACAUUUUCUGGGGGAC